ACGCAUCCUCGCUGCGGGGACGGCAUCCCGCGCGCGGCACAUCCGAGGUCGACGAGCGAUCACGGUCGAAAGUCGUCACGUGUACGGACGCACCAGCCAACCGGGAUGUCCCGCCCGAUGCCUACCCGAGGCCGAGGCUACCAACCUACCUACCUACCUACCCGCAUCUCGCACUCCCAAGACGAAUAAGACGUCCCCCGGUACGCCCCGGCCGCCCCUCCCUCAAUCGACUCGCCGCCGCCAGAUCGCGAGCGAACCCCGAGGCCCCAGUAGUAGCCGUAGUCCCUCUCAAAGAGGCCGAUCAUAAAGAGGUAGAACGUUGUUGCAGACAGGGAGUCGAGUAAUUUCCAGCAAGUCGACAACAGGACCACCACGAGGAGCGACAAUGGGUGCCGUCGAGUACGUUACCGAGGAAGACGAUUACGCUUGCACGCUGUCGGAGGAUACUCAAAAGAUGGCGAAGGAGGAGCUUCGGGAGGAUAAGAAUACGAGAGACCAGGCGCUGGAGCAAGUGAGAAAUUGGAUAAAGUUGAAUCCGCGCAUCGAGAACAGCAGAAUGGACGGACGCUUCAUUCUGAGAUUCUUACGCUCCAAAAAGUUUAACGUGCCCAUGGCUCAGGAGGCUAUCGAACGAUAUCUUCUUCUGCGCCAGGUUUACCAUCCUGCCUUCCACAAGCUCAACAUCGACGAGCCGAAUAUGGCCGAACUCUUGAAUUUAGGCUACCUAUUUGCUGUUCCCGGCCGAGAUACCAAGGGCCGACGCAUUGUUGUGGCAAGACCUGGAGUUUUCGACCCCUACAAAUAUACUAACGCGGAUAUGUGUAAAAUUCAUGCAAUUACAUAUGAGAGCUUGAUGGAAGACGAGGAAAGUCAGAUUCGUGGAUUCGUUCACUUUGCAGAUGGCGCCGGUGUCAGCUUUCCGCAUCUUACUCUGUUUACUCCCAAAGAAGCUGUUCGUAUUGUUAAGAAUGGCGAGAGAACGUUGCCAAUGCGUCACAAGGAGGUUCACGCCAUCAACGCUCACCCCUCCCUCAAGUUCGCUUUGGACUUCGGCAUGUCCUUGAUAUCGGAGAAAAUUCGGAGCCGCGUGAGAAUUUACACGAGCCUCGAGGACGCCAAGAACAACAAAAUGGACACGAGCCUGCUGCCCAAGGAGUACGGCGGUACUAUGCCCAUGAAUGAGAUGAUAGAUCUGUGGCGCAAGGAGCUCCUCGAGAUGCGGCCGACGCUCCUGAAUCACGACAAGAUGCGCGUCCGCACGGAGCUGUACUCGGAGAAGGCGAGGGAAGGCGCGGUCUCGGCCCUGAAGCAGGGUUUCGCCUGCUCGAGCGCCUCCAGCGGCGAGUCGACGAUGCACGGCAUGUGCGGCUCCUUCAGGAAACUCGAGGUCGACUGAUCCUCCGCUCCUCUUACCCUCGCUACAAUUUUUACG